AUGGCGUGGUACGUUUCAGGGAGGAGUUUCUUUCGCGACUCGAGCGAUGAGAAUGAUGAUGGUGAUGAGAAAGGCGAUGGAGCCCACAUCGAUUUCACGACGAAUCGUAUUAGCCCCAACCUCGACAUUGGGGCCAAAGCUAAAGAUAAAGAUAAAAGGAGGGAGAAAGGGGGAAGAGCCGGAGACACGGAAACCAGGAGACAGUCGAUUGCAACAAGCUCCUUGCUGCCUUUCCCGUGGAGCAAAAUCACCAUAUCAGACAUGAGGGACGCGAGCACGAGCCCGGAGAGAAAGAGCGGCAGAAGAGAACCCACGUUGAUUUCAAUUUCAACCUCAGCUUCUAAGAAGCAGCGGCGUUGUAGCAUGAGUGAUGCUCCAGCGUGUCUAGGACUCGGGCCAGCUCCAAAAGUUAACCUAAACAUCGACGAUAACACACCUGUACCGUCAGCACCGGCAAGCAUGAUGUCAGCACAAGAACACUUCGCGUCAAUUCCAGCAAAGAAAUUUGCGGGAAAUAUUCACUUUCGUAACCCGCGCGAGGCCGAUGAUGGUGGGGACGCUGAGGAUGGGGAUAGUAUCAAUUGCAGCAGCGUCGGGUUACUGCGUUCUGCGUUUGGGAGCAGAAGCAGCAGCGGCAAGAAACGCACGGCUGUUGGAGCUGGAAAUCAAGUGACAUCGUUGCACUCGUCGAACCAUUUGGCUCACGCUACUGUUCCGGCUGGGGUUAUGCCCACUGCCACACGCCGGCCCACUGACAGUGGCUGGAGCGGGGAUUUUGUCCACUUGUUUAUGGGUGGUGAGAGCUGGAAUCGGUUCGAGUUGAACUGUGACACCUUGAAUCUUGAUCUUUUCUGGCCGGCUGUAAUGGGAAGCAGGAAAAAAGAAAAGGGAAAGGGCAAGGAGCAAAUAAAGGGUCAGAGGAACGAGAAAGGUAAAAUGAAAAAGGAGGACGAAAGUGAGAAGCGCAAGGGAGAAGCGAAGGAGGAAAUACUCAACCCCUUUGACGACGAGUACGAGAUCACCAUCUCGGACGAUGAUGACACUGAUGACAAUGAUGACGAUGACAUACUCCCUGUCGAAGCGAUAGCACCGCUGUGCAAUUUCCGCAAUCUGCGUUUCUUGAAACUCGCCGGGAUGAGCCAAUCAUACCAAAAGUACAUCUGGCAGGCUGCUUGGUUAAACCCUGGUCUUGAGACGUUGGAGCUGGAGAUGGCGCUGGAGCCGUGCAUUCGUCGCGCCUUUUCUGGGUGGCCAUACAUUAAGGGGGGCUGGGUUCAACAGAGAAAGCCCGACGGAGAGCAGGGCUCAUACUAUGGCGACGAUGGAAAAGGUAUUUUGCACCGCCGAGUCGGUAUCGGCGAAUACCUGGAUAAAUACGCCAUUGUGCACGCAAAGGCUCGCGCGGCUCGCAUGGGAAGCACCCUAAAUCUACUACCAGUUGUUAAACUCACCCUCACCGGUUUUGUCGUCGACGCGGAACCCUUCCAUCUCUUUAACCCGCACCGCCUCCGCUUGAUCAGUUUCAAGAACGAUUGUGUCGAUGCAGGCUUUACAUUGCCGGAGCGAAUGCGCGAGCAAGUCGUUGUUUCUUGGCCGAAACUUCUGUCUCAACAGGCUAUCGCUGCUCGACGGGUCAAGCAUGGCGAGAUCAAGCUGAUUGACCACUGGUCAAAGAGGAAGAAGCUCGCGAGCCAUACGCCAGCAUAUUGUUCAGCAUCCUCAGUAAAAUCAACAGCAAUAACAACAGCAGCAAAUACAACAACAGCGACAGCAGUAUCAGUAACAACGGCCGGGAAAUCAAAAGCAGCGGCUCCGCAUAAAGACACCGCUGUGGCCACGCCGAAUUUCUCCUAUCCCAAUCCUCACGCGUCUGUGGGCAGUCCGACGAGUGCUGCCAAAUCCUCUGCAACUGCAGACAAUACGCACAAGGGUAAGGGUAAGCAGAUAGAUGGGAACAUGCUAUGCGCUGCAGAUUCGAGGGAUAUAUUCAAGGAGGACGUCAAACCACAGCAGCGGCGGAGGUUGUUUUCGUCGCUGAAGAAGGCUAGGCGCUGACUAAUCCGCUUGGUAGCCACCUACAUGCCACUCACCACGUUGCACGUAUCAGAUAGCUACAAAACGGAUUCCCAAACAUUUCUCAUUGUUAUAGCUAAGCCCGCUAGAUAUUGAACAUGAUGACACGAUUUAGGUACCGAUAGCUAAGCAAUUUUCCAAAGAUACCUUAAAAUGCACCAUAAAUAAGCUUGUCAAUAGACAAAUAUGCUCACAAAACGUACUUUUGUGAUGGCAACCAAUUGGAAACAAGCGAGAAGAUUUCCAAAUUGUCAUAUAAUUCUUCCAAAACAAAAAAAAGAGAAUUGAGCAAGAGAGUGGAGGAGACUUGGCUACCAGUCAAGCCCCC